CUCAGUGACUGAGUGACCAGGACAUAGGCUGAGGUCAGGAUGCAGACAGCACGACUCGGGGUAGUUGCUCUUUGCUGCUGUGUGUGUGUGGUUACAGCACAGUUCACCAUCACUGUACCAGACAAUCCCAUUACAGCAGCAGCCGGAGGUACGGCUGUGUUUACAGUGAAACCGUCUGGUGAGGUGGGGAGCGGGAGCUGGAGUUUCGAUGGCAGGAAUGUACUUCUGUGGGUCGGGGAUAGCGUAUCUGUAAACUCUAAUUACCAAGGCCGGGCUGAGUUAUCUCUCCCCGACGUGUCUCUUCGGCUGAAAUCAGUGACAGUGACCGACCGUGGAAAUUACACUGUGACUUUGACCUCAGUCUCUGGCGAUUCAAAAUCAGCGACAGUCACCCUGAAGGUGGAGGAGAAAAUCACCAGCGUCACCGUAACACAGAACAUUCCCAACCCGAUAGAAUACACUGACAAUGUGACACUGACAUGUGAUGUUAAAGGCACUGUUGAGUCACGGUUGUGGUUUAAGGAUGAGAGAGCUCUCCACAGCAAUGACAGGAUCACAAUCUCCCAGGAUAAUGCCACCCUGACCAUCAUCAGUGUGACUAGAAAUGAUGGUGGAACGUAUCGGUGUGAGGCAAAGAACAGCUUUAGCUCUCAGUCCGGCAGCUACACACUGAGCAUUGCGUAUUCUGUUGGUGCUCAGGAUCAGAGCGCCACCAUCGCAGCCAUCACUCUCGGGGUUAUAUUGUUUGUGAUCAUCAUUCUCCUGAUUGCUGUUGUCGUCUACAGACAGUGUGGGCAUUCUGCUGGAGAUCCCGGAAUCUCUUCAACACGCAAUGAGGCACGAACAAUCUACCAGAAUGAGUCCAUCCAUAUGGGGAACCAGGAUAAUGAGGUCCCAGAUCGUCCAUAUGAGAGAAUAGGACCACAAUCUUCAGAGUACAGCAACCUGACAGUUGCUGCUCCCAAAGUGUAUGAGAACAUCAACAAUGUGCAAAGAGCAAAGAACAAAGAACUCGCUGAGGCCUCUGAUCCCAAUGCCACCUACACGACUUUACAGCCACAUGAUCAGUCCCUGUACAGUGACCUGAGAGGCAAAAUGGUUGGAUAACUGUCUGAACAGACGGGGACUGGAGCCGUGAAGUGCUGAUGUGCGGCUUAUUCAACCCCAACACGGCCGGGAUCAGCAAACCAUCUCCUCCCCCUCCCGUUCCCAGCACCUUCUCUUUGUGCAGUUGCUGGACUGGAGUCUGGCGGUUUGUAUCACCCACAGUUUGUUUCUCUGUGUUCAAGAACUCUGGAGCGUAAUUCUCAUGUGGUGCUCACAUGGUCCCACUCAGUGAUAUCAUCCACAGGUGUGGGGUAAACUCUAUCUC